GCGAGCUGGAGCCGGCAGGCGGCGGGAGCCCGGGCGAGCCGCGUCGGGAGUGCGGUCUCCAUGGCAGUGCCGGACUCAGCCAGAGUUUGUCCGGGUGGCUGAGUCCCACCCCCCACACCCCUUGGGGUACCCGGAAGAUCCCUGACUAGUCAAGAACCAGAGGACGAAGAGACCCAGAAGUCCUGGCAUGGGGACCAGAGCCGCUCAGUCAGCCUCAUAGCUGGGAAAGCAAUCAGCUUGCCUCCCCAUCAACGGGAGGGGUACUUCAGGAAGAUUCCCACCCACUAUGGAGGCUGAGGACCACCUCUGCUGACCCUCGGUCUCCUCCCCACCCUGCCCUCCACACUGCCCCUUAGCUGGGUCAGUCAUGCAAUGCUGAGCAGCCGGGUAGGCCCAGGGACGGUCUGCUUCACCAAGGGGCAGGGAUUGUACGCAUCAUGGGUGUGCGUGUGAGUGGGGCUCCUGGGUGAGACCCAGCCCCCACCCCCAGGAGUCCAAAGGGGGGUGGGGGGGGCCCCGAGGAUAGGAUGGCUCGGGGAGGGGCAGGGGCAGAGGAGGCCUCCCUGCGCUCAAACGCCUUGUCCUGGCUGGCCUGCGGGCUCCUGGCGCUGCUGGCCAAUGCCUGGAUCAUUCUUAGCAUCUCGGCCAAGCAGCAGAAGCACAAGCCGCUGGAGUUACUGCUCUGCUUCCUGGCGGGCACGCACAUACUCAUGGCGGCCGUGCCCCUUACCACCUUUGCCGUGGUGCAGCUGCGGCGCCAGGCCUCCUCCGACUACGACUGGAAUGAGAGCAUCUGCAAGGUGUUCGUGUCCACCUACUACACCCUGGCCCUGGCCACCUGCUUCACAGUCGCCUCACUCUCCUACCACCGCAUGUGGAUGGUGCGCUGGCCCGUCAACUACCGCCUCAGCAACGCCAAGAAGCAGGCACUGCACGCGGUCAUGGGCAUCUGGAUGGUCAGCUUCAUCCUCUCUACACUGCCCUCCAUCGGCUGGCACAACAACGGCGAGCGCUACUAUGCCCGCGGCUGCCAGUUCAUAGUCUCCAAGAUCGGCCUGGGUUUUGGCGUCUGCUUCAGCCUCUUGCUCCUUGGGGGCAUUGUCAUGGGGCUGGUCUGUGUGGCCAUCACCUUCUACCAGACGUUGUGGGCCCGGCCCCGAAGGGCGCGGAUGGCCCGGAGAGCAGGGGCGGGGGGUGGGGCCAAGGGGGGUGGGGCCGGGGGGUUGGGCACCCGGCCGGCCUUCGAGGUGCCAGCCAUCGUGGUGGAGGAUGCCCGAGGGAAGCGGCGGUCCUCGCUGGAUGGCUCCGAGUCAGCCAAGACAUCCCUGCAGGUCACCAACUUGGUCAGCGCCAUCGUCUUUCUCUAUGACUCGCUCACAGGGGUGCCCAUCCUGGUGGUGAGCUUCUUCUCCCUUAAGUCGGACUCGGCUCCGCCCUGGAUGGUGCUGGCGGUGCUGUGGUGCUCCAUGGCACAGACGCUGCUGCUGCCCUCCUUCAUCUGGUCCUGCGAGCGCUACCGCGCUGACGUGCGUACGGUGUGGGAGCAGUGCGUGGCCAUCAUGUCCGAAGAGGAUGGCGAUGACGACGGAGGCUGUGAUGACUAUGCAGACGGCCGAGUGUGCAAAGUGCGCUUUGAUGCUAAUGGUGCCACAGGACCAGGGGGCAGGGACCCUUCCCAGGUGAAGCUGCUGCCUGGAAGGCACAUGCUUUUUCCCCCUCUUGAGAGGGUCCACUACUUACAGGUCCCUCUGUCCCGCCGUCUGUCCCACGAUGAGACCAACAUCUUCUCUACUCCUCGGGCACCAGGCUCCAUCCUGCAUAAGUGGUCAUCCUCUGAUGACAUCCGGGUCCUUCCGGCCCAGAGCCGAGCCCUGGGGGGUCCUCCUGAGUACCUGGGGCGAAGACAAAGGCUGGAGGAUGAGGAGGAUGAGGAAGAAGCUGAAGGUGGGGGGCUGGCCAGCCUUCGCCAAUUCCUGGAGGGUGGGAUGUUGGGGUCAGGUGGGGGACCCCCACGGGGUCCUGGCUUCUUCCGGGAAGAGAUCACCACCUUCAUUGAUGAGACACCUCUGCCUUCUCCAACUGCUUCGCCAGGACCCUCUCCUCGCCGGCCCAGGCCCCUGGGCCUCUCACCCCGCAGGCUCUCCCUUGGGUCCCCUGACAGUAGAGCCGUUGGACUUCCUUUGGGGUUGAGUGCAGGGAGACGCUGCUCCCUGACAGGAGGUGAGGGGAGUGCAAGACCUUGGGGAGGAUCCUGGGGCCCAGGUAACCCCAUUUUCCCCCAGCUGACCCUCUGAGCCCAAGUGGGCCUGCGGGACUCAGAGGAUGGGCCCUGGGUGAGUAACACCUCCAGACUCCGUAGAAGAUGGGCAUUGGAUCUGGGGCCUGGAGCCUGAUGCUGUCUCCCAUCUCAGUGACCAGAUGUCCUACUCACCUUCCAUCAUUCUUAGCAAAAUGUAUUAAAGCCUGAAGUGUUACCAUGGAAA